GAGCAAUUUCCGAUCUGUUUAUGAGCAUCUGCAACGCAUAUUGGGAAUUGAUAGCACAGCAGCGAAAGCACUUGAGACUAUUUGGGAAAACAUAGAUGCCCCCAGUCCAUUCACUUCUAUAGAGAUGGCUGAAAUUGUCUCCCACUUAAGAGAUCUAUUCCAAUGUUUCCAUCUAAAGAGCAAUCUUGGAACUAAUUUGCAUCAGGUGGUCAGGUGUUUGGCAGCAGAGGGACCUUCCAUUACAAGAAAGCUGCUGUACAUUUUGAAUCGGCUACAAGGCUUGGAUGCACCAUACAUGGGUGAGUUUAUUUCCAAAUAGACACCACCCAAAUAGAACUGCAUUGGGUCAAUCUUGAGUUGCAGAGUGGAAUUAGUAUGAAAUUAAGUAAACAUUCUUGUAGAGAAUACUCUUAAUUGUAUAGAAAUACUAAAACCACCACACAGUUCAUUUGUUUUGCUAUUCCCCAUGUUGAGUGUAUUCUCAUUCAUCA